UUUUAUUUCCUGCUUUGGGUAAACCCUAGGCUAUAGCCUACAAUACGGCGUGAUGUCGGCCUUUGUUUUGCGUUGAGGUUGCAAAACAUUAGGGGAGCAAUUUAUACGUUAAAAAGCGACGUGUUGAGUAGUGGUCAUCUUAAUAGCUAAUUAUAUCUAUUUCAAGGCUUGCUGUUUUUCUCGGUGAAGCUUUUAUUGGUGAAAAUUCGGUGUUAUCGAAACGCGGCCUUUUACUGUCAAAUCACCGUCGGACGGAAAUUAACUAGCCUACUGUAGGCUAUAGGAUACAAAUCUAUAUUCACGAAUAUAACGAAGCCUUAUUCAGGUGUCAGCUGGUCUGUGUGAUUUUUACAAACCCAGUUUUCCAAGUGGAGCGUGGCCUGAACACAUCACAGAGGGACAAUGAGCGAGCUGGAACAGUUACGGCAGGAAGCGGAGCAACUACGCAAUCAAAUCCGGGAUGCUAGGAAAGCCUGUAGUGACUCCACUCUUUCGCAGAUCACAGCUGGUCUGGACUCAGUGGGCCGGAUACAGAUGAGAACGCGACGCACUCUCAGGGGCCACCUCGCAAAGAUCUAUGCAAUGCACUGGGGCACCGACUCCAGGUUACUUGUAAGUGCCUCCCAGGAUGGCAAAUUGAUCAUUUGGGACAGCUACACAACAAACAAGAUGCAUGCCAUCCCGCUGCGCUCCUCCUGGGUGAUGACCUGUGCAUACGCGCCCUCUGGGAACUAUGUGGCGUGCGGAGGCCUGGACAACAUCUGCUCCAUCUACAGCCUGAAGACCCGUGAGGGCAACGUGCGUGUCACCCGCGAGCUGCCCGGACACACAGGCUAUUUGUCUUGCUGUCGUUUCCUGGACGACAACCAGAUUGUGACUAGUUCCGGGGACACCACCUGCGCUUUGUGGGACAUCGAGACUGGCCAGAUGGCCACCAGCUUCACGGGCCACACGGGGGACGUGAUGAGCCUGUCCCUCAGCCCUGACUUCAAGACCUUUGUGUCGGGGGCCUGUGACGCGUCCUCCAAGCUGUGGGAUGUCCGGGACGGCAUGUGCAGGCAGUCCUUCACUGGCCACGUGUCCGACAUCAACGCCGUCUGCUUCUUCCCCAACGGCAACGCCUUUACCACGGGCUCGGACGACGCCACCUGUCGACUGUUCGACCUGCGUGCUGACCAAGAGCUGAUGAUGUACUCGCACGACAACAUCAUCUGCGGCAUCACCUCGGUGGCCUUCUCCAAGAGUGGCCGCCUGCUGCUGGCUGGCUACGACGACUUCAACUGCAACGUGUGGGACACCCUCAAGGCCGAGCGCGCAGGUGUCCUGGCCGGUCACGACAACAGGGUGAGCUGUUUAGGCGUGACAGACGACGGCAUGGCCGUAGCUACGGGCUCAUGGGACAGUUUCCUCCGAAUCUGGAACUAAACCCUCCACAUCACCUCCACCUCCAUCCCCCCUCCACCAACCCACUCACCCACACCACAGGGCUGGACUUGAGGGUGAACACUGUGUCUUCUCCCCCCCCCACCAACAACUCCACAACACAGGCAAAGUCCCCCCUGUCCAACUCAUCCCCUCACCCAACCACCCUCCAACCACCAAGCCACAGCCAGCGCCGCUGUGGGAAAGUAACAACUCUUUCUACCUUUCCAAGUGACGUUUUUUUACCCACCUAUUACACAGAGGUUUUCAAGUACGUACAGUUAGUGUCCAAUAAAAAAGAAAUGAUGAGACGAGAUUUUAAAACAUUUGCAAAAAAAAAAAAAAACUGGCAUCCCCUCUUCUUUUCAGACAGGGGGGGAAUAGAGCGCAUGUUACCGUGGUUACCGCCAAAUUAGAGGACAGUCUGUGUGUAAUAUGUAAAUGUAUAUAUAAAUACAGUAUAUAUGUAUAGCAUUAUGUGUGUAUAUGCAUCAUAUAUCCACAUAUAAUGUGUAUGUAUAUACUUUUGUAGUUUAUUUCCCACCCUUGAGUUUUUUUGUUUAGUUUAUUUUUUUUGCCUUAUGUUUUAUUUGUUUAAUGUAUAUAAUAUUCACAGUACUACACGAUAACACAAUUCCGAUUUUGUCACUUGCCCCAUGUACAACAUAAUGUACAUGUCAGUAUGCAUGUGUGUGUGAGUGUGUGCGUGUGAUGGUCUACCGGCAAAGGUAUACACACGUUCUAUAACUAUAAUACUGUAUAUUCAUAUGUUGAUGAUUGCGGUAACGAUAGGAGUUGUAAUCUGUUGGCAUUCCUCUAAACAAACAUGGCUUUCUUUUCUAAACAGAGCCGUUGUGGUCGUUUGUAGAGACAGCUUCUAGACUACAAAGGUUAGGUUUUAGUCUUGGCGGCGUUUUAGCCCAAUCCCUUUUCUAGAAACGGGUUUAACUAGGUAUUGAUACACAGCUCCCGUAGUUGUUUGGAGGCGCAGUCUCGCUAAGCCCCUCAACAAACUCAAACAGCGUGAAACGACGGCCUAGAGAGACACUCGCAGGGGCCUCGGGCUGUGUUCAAAACCGCUGUUGUAUGGCGAAUAGUAUAACAUCACUCCCACGCCUUGCAAAUAAACAACAGUGUGAUAUGGAAUAAAUAUGUUGCGAUCAUUCACUAAUAGAGACUUUACUGCAUAUACCCCAAAGCCUUUACGCAGGGCCCCAAACUGACAGGGGGGGGGGGGGGGGGGCUACUGGGAUCCUGGAGCUACUGGGAGCUAGCUCAAGCCUGUAUCGUAAGACUAAAUAAGUACUGAGAACCAGAAAUGCUGGCAGUCUAUACAAUCUCUACCAUAGGCUGGUCAGUAGAAGCAUUGUGAAAAGAUGUGAAAAGGAAAGACUGCUCACUAUAUGAGCAGUGAGUGACUCAUAAUUCCUUCCCUAUGAGUGGACAUGAGGGAAGAUGCCUGUAAUUGCUAUGUCCUCUUCAAAUCUAGGGAUUUAAAAAAAAAUCUUGAUGACCAUCAAUAGGGUGGUUUAGUUGAGUGUGGAAUGUAACGCUCUUGGUUCAGAAAUCUCGUCAGCCACUCAAAAUCACACUAGUGCCACCACGAGCCUGUAAAAAAAAGAAAUGCUUGAAAAAAAAAUUGUCUGUAUUUAACACGUAACGUUUCUUCUCACCAAAACAAAUGUUAUGAACAGUUUUAAGUAUUGCUAGCAAAGAAAGUAUACUUGGUAGAGAGCUAGAUAAUGCACACAUACACAACAAACUGUAGUUCAAAUGUAAGCAAAGAGCACAUGCAACAUACUCACCAAUAGAGGAAAGGGGGUAUCUCUCACAAUACUUUGUUAGUUUGUGCAUAAGUCAUUUUCCGUUUACCUCGCAAGAUAACUUUGUUUGGGAGGCAACGCUUCAAUAAGGGUGCCUAUUUUUGAGUUAUACACCCUAACAUCCUAAAAUAUCUAGAUAACAGUACAUGGAUUGGAUCCAUGUGGAAUGGAUCAGAAUGGUCUGUGGCUUGAGAUCAGUUAAAUCUCCAUUCUGCCUUACUGUAGAUGCUACGAAGCCAAUCCCAUUGCCAACAUUGACCGGAACUGGUCAGGAACUCAAAUGUUGGGCCUGCUUGUUCAAUACUUUGGCUUUUUAUCUCCACCUGUAGGCAGUUCACUUGACCUCAAUUACCCAGUCGCCUAAUGAGGCUCCACUAUUUCAAGUGGGCCCAAGAGAAUGUGAAAGUAAUUGUCCAGUGAAAAUCUUAUUUUUAAAAGUUAAUAUUCUGUCAACUCAUACCCAAAUCAUGUUAUUGACUCAUCCUAUACUCAUAUUUGUGGCCAAAGCUUAACUUGGGGACAAAACACUUAAAAAAAAGAAUAAUAAUAAUUUCCUCAUAGAGGAUGAGCCGGCCAAUCAGCGGGCUAAUCUUUUUAAUGACCGGUCAAUGCCCACACAGUUCUGUUGUUGGGGUAUGCCCACACCAUUCCAACACAGAAAAGCUGCUUUUUUAACAUACAAUAAAACAAGUGAUUAUAGGUCAGAUUUCUAUGAAAUAUUCAUAGAAAUCUGGAAACACUGGACAGUUACUUUAAAAGAUAAUUGUCUCCUUUUCAAAUAUUGGCACUGGGUAAAGAAUGAGGCAGACAAUAACCUGCUAUAACAAAGUCAAAUGAUUUGCUGAAAUCAAGCAAUUGUGAAGCACAGAGACUCAUCAGUACUAUAGUAAACACUAAAAGCCAAGCUUACAGAUGACCACAACCGAAGACCUGCAAACAGCAUGCAUCUUCCAAUAGCUUCUCGAAAGUGCUGUACAUUAUUUUAUACAAUUCUGCUUUCUGUCGUACAAUUUGUUGUAUUUAUUGAUUACAAAGAAAACCCUUUGAUCAUUUUGUGAUUUAUAGUAGCCGUUUAUUUGGUUGUACGUUUUUAGCUGUUUUACCUGGCUUUGCAUUAAUUAAUUUGAGAAUAAAUGUAAAAGAAAUGGCUGGCGGUUUAUUAAGCCCCAAAAAACACAUCCUUGACCUGACUUGGAUGUAAAAUGUAUUCCAUAUCAGUGUUGAAAUUCUCACUGAUCUGUGUGGGUAACAUACAUGCCGGUAAUAAGUGUUACUUUUCGCAUUUGUGCCAAUGUUACCCACUGACCCUGAGCUGUGAACUGAAAACAUGUCAUAAUUGACAACUCAUUGUGUUUCUUCGCUUGCUUACAGAAAGUGCCAGCUUUUUCCCCCUGAAUCAAAAUCUAAUCCGUGUCAUUUUUUUUACACUUGGCCUGUAACAAGGUCCUCUGUUGACUUCAUAAGGUGCCCAAUAAAAGAGAAGUGUCCAGAAUUUAUGGAUAUUCCUUCAAUGUUAUUGAAUCACUUUCUGUUUUGCUUUAAUUUCCCCAUAUGAAAUUAAUCUACCCAUUGUGAAUGAUGAGGAUCCAAUGAGAGAAAUGUAGCCCUUUUAAGACAGGAAAUACAGAUGGCAGAUAAAAUGGCAGGAUGAAGUUUGGUCAUUUUACAUCAACAUGGCUGCCAGGGAACCUUACCCAAACUCCUGAAAGCAACUUUGAAGUUGGUUGUGUUGAUUCUUCAGCUCAGACAUCAUCUGUGACAAUACAGCACCACAGCCCUUACUAGCCAAAAAAAAGUAUAUUCUAUAACACAAAGAACACCCCAGAGGCUUGACCACAGUGCUCAAUAAGAUGCAACAGUAUUAUUACUAAAAUAGUUACCGCAUUAACAUGUGCCUGUGCAGUCCCAAUGAUCAGGUUAGUUUGCUGGGACCAAUGGUUUCUAGGCAUCAAUAGUCAAAGGUGCUCAAUCUCCCUGUAUUUGACCAUGUCAUUGUAUUUCCUUUGUCACCUUUAGUUGUAUUCAUCAUAUGAAACAACUAUGUCAUAAGAGCAGUCGUGACAGCAUGUGCUCUACUGGAUGGGAUGCCGAGACCCAGUCUGCAACGAACACAGCGCGUGUUGGUUUUCAAGUCUCCUUGACAUACAUAGCCAAAGUAAUUGAAAAGCCUGAGCUUGUACUUGCCUGGAUUUACAGGUCUAAGGGAAAAGUAAGUAAGUAAAUCAGCAUGCGUUGCGUUUACAUGUGAACUGUUUACUCGUGGACUGAGGUGGAAUAUUAUCCAUGCAUUGAAGCAGUGUUUUAGAGGGGUUCUUUUAAAAAUCGUAAAACGGGGUAGCGCAUAUCGAGAGAAACAAACACACGAAAAUCAAACAUUGAAGUUGUGCCCCAGCUGUCCUUUUGAUAAUUAGCGUUACAUUUUGCGAUCACCACAAACACAAAUUAAUGCACUGCCUUUUGGCUCUGAUGUAUUCUGACAGUCUUAUUUAUUUUUUGUGUUUUAAAGCUAGUGAAAACCAGGGACAUGGUGCCAUGAUUUCUCUUACAGUGCUAUUGUGUGAAAUUAUAAUCACUUGUUAUGGAAUAAUUUUUUUAUAGUCUUUUUCACACCAAUUCUUUUUGUGUAUUUGUACAGUGGCUUGGUGAUACUGAUAUGUUGCCAUGAGUUGAUAUUGUAACCAAUAAAAAAAGCUUUAACCAAG